AUGAAACCGUACCGUCGCUCUAACAAAGCUUUGAUGGUCGAGUUUAAGUCUGCGACGCGCCUGGGAAAGCUGAAAGUACUGGUGAAAGAAUUUGCCUGCGAUGUUCGUGCCCUGUGGCAUUACGGCGCGCCGUUUCCCACAUUUCUGAAGCUUAUUGCUACGCUGCUUCUUAUUCUACUAGUUUUAAUGCCACUUUUAUAUCCUGUUUUCGUGGUUGUAGCGACUUAUUUCAUUUUUGAAGGACUUUUUCUAAGUUGGUGGCUGGACCAGCCCCAACGUUUCAGCCCAGUUGUUAUCGUAAAGCGUACGCUUUCAACUAUUCUCUGUACAUGCCCAACCAGGGACAUGUGGAAGGUACGCGAAGUGUUCACACGUGGCAUUUUAUUGGUUCACUCACUCGCAACGUCCGUGGACUACCUUUGCGUCAUGCAGGGACUGCUCGACGAAGCU